AUGUCAGACUUCACUACAAUUCCGACGCUGGAUCUCUCCUUGCUAAGCGACCCGGGCUCCAGAGAGGCCCUGCGUCUGCAGAUGUUGCAUAUUGUUCGCAAUGUGGGAAUGUGCUACGUGACAAAUCUUCCUUUUGGUCCAGAAAUCCUGGACAAGGCCAAGAUUGAAUGCGAAGGAUUCUUCAACCUUCCCGAAGAAGAAAAGAAGAAACUUGAUAUUGCAAAUGUCCCAGGGUUUCUAGGCUACACGGCAAUGGGCACGGAGCACACAGGCACCAACAUCGAUACUCGGGAGCAUCUCACCGUAGCACAUCCCAUUCCAGGUGAAAUUGUCGGACCAGCAUACCGGAAUCUCUGGGGACCUAGCCAAUGGCCGGCACCCUCAAUUCUCCCGGAUUUUAUACCUUCUUUCAAAAACUACAUAGAGGAAGUCGCACGCGUGGACAAGAUGCUACGCGAGCUAAUGGCUGAAGCUAUCGGUAUUGAUGGUAAAGCUCUCAGUUCCCUGUUUGACGAGACCCAGCAGUACCGCAUGCGCAUGAUCAAAUACCCCGCUCUACCGGUAGCAGCAGAGGUGGGGAAUCUCCACGCACUCGGCGCACAUCAAGAUCACGCAUUCACUGUCCUAAUCUACCAAGUAACUGAGCAUGUAGCAUUGCAGGUGCGAAAUGGCAAUGGUGCAUGGAUCAACUGUCCACCUAAGCCUGGCUCCUUAGUUUUCGUCGUUGGGAAGAGUGCCCAGGCAGCGACAUACGGGGCUUGUUCGGCCGCCAUGCACCGCGUCACGGCUCUGCCUCCUGGAAGUACGGAUCGGUUCAGUAUCGCUGUGGGCACAAAUUUGCGGUAUGAUACGUCGGUUUUGUCACCGUCGAGUAUGCAGGCCCUGGAGACUAUUCAGCGAAAUGUUAGUGCUCGAUAUCCUGGCAUUGGGGGGGCACCGGAUGAGUACCUGAGUCCGUUGGGGGCCCUCGAUACACUGGGCAUGAAGGUGCUGCACAAUUAUUGUGUCAGCCACCCGGAAAUUAUGAGGAGAUGGCACCCUUCAAUGGCUCCCCCUAUUACCAAUGGUGAUCAUUAG